ACACGGGUAUUUUUCACCGCCCAAGUGUCUCCUGUGCAGAGCUACUCGAUCAGCUGGUGCAGUCGACGAGGGAAACAUUACCGGCUGUAAUUUCGCUGAUACCUACUCUUCUGACGAACGCAAAUUACCGCCUGUCUAUCAGACCAACAUGGAGAACCGAAAACGACCGUUAGAGGCAGUUGUGACCGUUAAUGACGGCUUCAAAACGCCGGAGAAGAGAGUGUCAGCGGUCCGGAUGCCGGACUCGGACUACAUGCGAUGGGGAGUAGAGGAAACUUGUCGGUACCUGCGAGCAGAAGAUCUGGGAGAAUGGGAAGAUACAUUUAGAGCACAAAAGAUCACAGGCGUUGGGCUGCGGUAUCUCGUGGAUGCUGAUCUGGAGAAGAUUGGCGUAAAGUGCCUUGGUGACCGUCUGAAGAUCCUUCACAGCCUCAGGAAGCUGUGGCAGAUGGAUGCAGAGUCAAAUAAGGUGUUUAAUGAUCCCAUCCACGGACAUGUGGAGUUGCACCCUCUUCUCAUCAAAAUCAUCGACACACCUCAGUUCCAGAGACUACGAUACCUCAAGCAGCUUGGAGGGACCUACUUUGUUUUCCCUGGAGCAUCCCACAACCGCUUUGAACACUCGAUUGGGGUGGGUCACUUGGCAGGGCGACUUGUACAAGCUCUGAACGACAGGCAGCCAGAACUCCUCAUCUCUUGCAGAGACAUCCUUUGUGUGCAGAUCGCUGGGCUCUGUCAUGACCUGGGUCAUGGGCCAUUUUCCCAUAUGUUUGACGGCAAGUUCAUCCCCAAAGCACGUCCGGGAAUUACCUGGAAGCAUGAGAACGCCUCUCUAGACAUGUUUGACCACCUGGUGAAAGCCAAUGGCCUGAAGCCGGUGAUGGAGCAGCACGGCCUGGUGCUGCCCGAGGACCUGGAGUUUAUUAAGGAACAGAUUGCUGGACCACCGGAUACUAUUCCAGUUCAAAAGUGGCCAUAUAAAGGCCGACCAGAAGACAAGUCCUUCCUCUAUGAAAUCGUGGCCAACAAAAGAAAUGGCAUUGAUGUGGACAAGUGGGACUACUUUGCCAGGGACUGCUACCACUUGGGCAUCCAGAACAACUUUGACUAUCGGCGCUUCCUAAAGUUUGCCAGGGUGUGUGAGGUGGACGGGCAGAAGCACAUCUGCACUAGAGACAAGGAGGUGGGCAAUCUGUAUGACAUGUUCCACACAAGGAACUGUCUCCACAGAAGAGCCUACCAGCACAAAGUGGGCAACAUCAUAGAGACUAUGAUCACAGAGGCCUUUCUGAAAGCAGACAAGCACAUCCAGAUUGAAGGCUCAGAAGGGAAGAUGUUCACUCUCUCCACAGCCAUUGAUGACAUGGAGGCCUACACCAAGCUGACAGAUCAAGUGUUUGAACAAAUACUCUACUCCUCCUCCAAGGAGCUGGCUGAGUCGAGGCAGAUUCUGCACAACAUCACCUGUCGACGCCUCUAUAAGUGUCUGGGCCAAACUCAGGCAGAGAAACCCAUCGCUGUCACCCCGGAGACGAUUCUCAGCUGGGAAGAACAUCUGGCUGCAUCUGUCCCUCAGAGCGGCGCCCAGGAAGUCAGUCUGCAGCCAGAGGACUUUGUAGUUAGUGUCAUUUUAUUGGACUAUGGGAUGAAGGAGAAGAACCCGAUCAACAAUGUGCGUUUUUAUUGCAAGGAUGACCCAACCAAAGCCAUUAAGAUUCGCAAGAACCAGGUGUCUAAACUUCUCCCAGAGCAGUUUGCUGAGCAGCUCAUCAGGGUCUACUGCAAGAAGACAGAUGACAGGAGUCUGGAGGCAGCCAAGAAGCACUUUGUCCAGUGGUGCAUGGACAUGAACUUCUCAAAGCCUCAGGAUGGAGACAUAAUAGCACCUGAGCUGACUCCACUGAAGGCCAGCUGGUCGAACAACAAUGAGGGCGAGGAUAGUGAAGGUGGCGGCGCUAGGGAGGUGAACUAUGCUAGUUUAAAUGGAAAAAAGAAAGCCAAAACUCAGCUUUCAUUCAGCUAAGAAAUAGUAAAUACCGCUCUGUCACACAUUUGGUAGAUGGGAAAGUGUUUAUCGUAUUUUUCUACGAGGUGAGUGUUGGCGAGCACAGCAAAGAUUAAAAUGGUGUGCUCUGUUUUGAAGAAUUUAACCAUUUUUGCACCAAAAAGAAAUUCAAUUUCAAAGUUUCAAAAACAUAAAAAGAUUGCAUAUUCAGGGACUGUACUCAGGGUUUUUACACAUAUCCCUAUUCCAUAUUAUACACACCAUUGUUUUAGUUUGAUCAUUUUUAAUCAGGUUUUAAUUUUAGACAUUUUUAAGUUGCUUUAUUGUUUUCUGCCAUGUGCAAUCCAAUAGCCUACUAUCAUGUAUUUGUGUUUAUGAAUAAUAAAUCAUGGUCAAUUACAAUGUUUUACUCUAAACAUGCGAACAGUAUAUUUCAGGGCAGCGUGUUUUUACAGAAAACGCAGCUGAUUUGUGUCGGGGCAUUUAUUUUCUUCAGCUUUCACAAACCUUUUGUCAAAACUGUCAAGUUUAAGUAGAUCAAAUCUGCAGUCAAAGGUUUCUGUGAACAAACCGUUUCUGACAAUUAAAGUGAGCAUUUGUUUUGACUUGACUCUAUUUUGACCUUACUUUGAAUAUAUUUAUUUUUCAGAGGUGUUUUCUGGUUGUGUGUGAUAUGCACACUUUAUUUAUUGUUCUUACAGUAAGUAGCUAAGCUUGCCCAUUUGGGGUUGUUUUUUUUCUUCAACUCAUAGAUCUGUGCAACAUUUUAAAUGGAAUUUUGGAUACCAUUUUAAAAUAUUUUCCUCUCUCAAAAUGUGAUGUGAUGUUGCCUCAUAUCUGGUUUUUAUAUUUUGCUAAAUGUGUACAAAAGAAUUAUAUUUUUGAAAGAAUGCAAAGGAAAAUACCAAGGGGUUUGGGAAGAUCCUGUAAUAGUAUUCCUAUUGUGCGGGUUGAAAACCUUUUGAAAUUAAAACUCUUUCUCUGUUGUU